UCUUCUUUUUCUCGCUUGUAGGAUCAUCCCAACCCAACUGUUGUCACCUUCCUGGCUGGGACAAUGUUUUAAAACAGGAUAGCCAGCAGCAUGAAAGGGCUAGGAGCAAACCGCAGUCGCCAUCUCUCCGAUUCCUGUGAUCCAACUAGAGGCCAUUCGGAAUCCAUGUAUCCUACAGCGGCAGAUCCACGCAGUCCAUACCUGCUGAGCCCGACCAUGGAUCCUUACAGUACCAUGAACCCCUCACACCAUUUCCCCCUUACAAACCCUACUUCCUUACCCACUGACUGCCUGCUACCCUUGAACAAUCAGUUGUCCACCAGCAGUACCUUCCCACGCAUCCACUACAACUCGCACUUUGAUACCCGGCAGCCAGAAUACUCGGCAACUUCAAUUCCCAGUGGGGGUGGCUUAAGUGGAAUCAGCACUGGCACCAUUGGGACCUCUUUGUCUAUGGGGGGUAUAGGAGGAGGGACAAUUAUCACCAGCGGCUCAGCUACAAUCUCAGCAGGAAGUAAGAUGAAUCGGCUGCCACCCAAUCUGCUUGAUCAGUUUGAGAAGCAGCUGCCUAUUCACCGAGAUGGCUUCAGCACGUUACAGUUCCAUCGAGGUUCUGCCGCAAAGCAGCGAAGUGAAAGUCCUGGCCGCAUCCGCUACCUGGUCCAUUCUGUGCAGAAACUUUUUGCCAAGUCUCAAUCCUUAGAAGGAGCUGUUAAAGGCAGUCUUAAUGGAAAGUUCUCUAACAGCAGUAGCAACGAAGAUCCCAAACAAAACCGACGCAGCAAGAGCAAAGACCGGGCCAAAACUGAAAGCAGCAAGCGUAGGGUGCGGACCAACAUAUCAGGAUUGUGGAGCUCUGAUGAUAACUUAGAUGGAGAUGCGUGUAGCUACCGCACUCCCAUGGCCCUUAUGACUUUGGGCAGACGUGGACCGGAUACCCAGGGACCUUCUAAGUACCUAAUGAACGCUUACAACACCAUCAGUGAGCAUACUCUCAAGGCUUCCAAAAGCAACAACGACCUCAAGUUUCAGGUCUACCCCACCAUGUCAGUCACUGAUAGUGGAGGAGGUGGAGGAGGAGGAGGAGGAGGAGGAGGCUUGGGAGAUGGUAAAUGUGUUAAGCGAGGUUCCUGGUCCACCCUCACAUUCAGUCAGGCACGACAAGUCUGCCAGAAGGGAUCUGCAACAAUUGACAAAGCUCUACUCAAAUCCAAGUCCUGCCAUCAAGAACUCACCUGUCGCUAUCUUCAGGUUCCUCCAGGAGAGAUGAACAGCACUCUGUCUCGAGAUCGAGGUGGCGGAUCCAGCGAGAUUCCAUGCCGACGGAUGCGCAGUGGUAGCUACAUCAAGGCAAUGGGGGACGAGGACAGCGAGGACUCGGAGGGCAGCCCCAAACCUUCCCCAAAGACAGCAGCACGUAGACAAAGCUACCUGAAGGCCACGCAACAGUCCUUGAGUGACCAGCUUCCCCCACGCAACUGUUUGCCCUCCCUCUGUGAGAUCUCAUCCAACCGAAGCCUGGAUAAUCUUGACUGCAUUGGAGCUCCACCAAGUUCACCUUUUCAGCGCUGGGAGGAUGAGGACUACAGUCUUGGCAACAACACCUUGAGCAAGAACAGCACCAUGAGCCAGAGCUGUAUCAGCCAG